AUGUUUACCUUGCUCAAUCCAAUAUGGCGACUGGUCUAUUUACCAUAUUUGGACUUGAUGAAAAACUUAGCCAUGGUGGUAGUUAUGACAACCGCUUUGAAUCGAAGAACACACAGAGGUGGGCAGAAGUCAAAUAACAAAAUGGCGGCGAGCAAGACGGCUUCAAGUUUCCACAGUAUGCCGCAUCGAAACGGCACAUACGUGGCCAGCCAUGGGAGCAGUACGAGUGCAGACGUUACUCCUGACUUACAUCUUAAGAUGUCGAAAAAAAUCGCACAGCUUACCAAGGUUAUUUACGCUCUGAACACAAAAAACGAUGAACAUGAGAAUGUUGUGGAAAACAUGAAAGUAGCACAUGAAGAAGAAAUGCAAAAACUGAUAGCAGAGACGAAAGAAAAGAUGAACUACUUUAAGACAAGGUUAGGCGCUGUUACUGAACAAAAGCAGAAGAUCGACGUUUUGGAGUCGCAUUUAGCCAAGGAACGACUUCAAAGAGAGGAAGCUAUGUCAGAAUUUGAAAAGUUCAAACGGAGAAACGAAGAUCAUGAGGCGAGACUAAAGUCAGAGUUUUCAGAAAAAAUUUUGACUAUGUCAAAGGAAUUGCUUGCGGCAAAAAAGCAGUUUGAAGAACGGAUGAAAGAUUUCCAGGCUACUAGGAGAAAACUGGAAGAGGAUAGAGAUAAGGCUGUGGAGGAAUUGUCAAGCAAACACCACGAUGAAAUGGAUCAACUGAUGAAGGCUCAUCGCGUACGGUAUGAUGAGCUCGUGAAGGAAAAAGAAAAACUUCAAAAACAGUUUGAACAAAAACUUUCUACAUUGCAAUCUUCUGGCGACGUUGCUGCGGAGGAAAAGCGGAAAAUAGAAUUGGAAUACCAAGAAAAAGUGGAAAAACUAAAGGCAUUUUACGAAAAAGAGCUUGCUGCUUCGAGAGCACUACAGGAAUCUUCGAAAGAGACUCAGCUGAAAGAGUGGGAAGUUCGAGAAAAAGUGCUUAGGUCCGAGUGGAGUAGGCAGGAAAGGAUUCUAAAGGACAGAAUCUCUGAAUUGUUGAAUCAACUUAGUGAUGGAGAACAACAAAUGUCAAUUUUAAAAGUACAACUAAAUGAGUUAGAGUCGAAACUUCAUGGCAAAGAAGGUGACUCUACUGUUUUAGCAAAACAACUUGAGGAAUCCAGGAAAGAAGUCGCAAAAGCUUUGCAGAGUUUGAGAGAUACAGAAAAUGAUUUAACUGUAUCAAAGAAACGCUCUGAGGAGCAGGAAGCAGAAAUCGCCCGACAAUCAAGUAAGUUUAACUGUUUUGUAGCUUAAAAGUGUAAACAUGCUUGAACUGUACUACAGUACAGUACAGUAGAAUGAUUUAUAUGAAGACAACUUCGUGGGAAAGCUUCUUUUUAAGGCAGAAGUAGUUUUCUUAGUUUUCAAGUGUACUUGUCCAUGUUACCCAGAGAGCAUCUCAAAUAAUACUCAAUUACACGAUAAAAAUAAAUCUAAAAAAUUUAACUGUUUUGCAUACCCCCACUAUGCAACAUUUUACUGGAUGUUUGUAUUUCAGCCUUUUUUCAUUCAUGGUCUUGUUAUUUUUUUUUCAAAUUGAAAAACUAAAAAUAAUAGUGAGGAUUCACAUUAUGUCACCAUGUUUAUACUAACUAUGCCUUACUGGGGUGCAUGUGCUAUUGAAAUAAAGGGAUCUUUUGUUCUGGUAGUUAACACAUUGGAAUCAUAAAAGCAGUGUUUGUGAACAGCAACUAUUGCAAUCAAAUAUAACUGAUUAUUAAUGGCAGGUGGUGCAAGAAGAAGAGAAUCAAGUGCAGAGAGGGGUAGAAUUGUUUUCAGAAUCAGCUUGUAGGGAAGAACAUCUGAACAGAAGUGAUAUGUCUCUUUGUUCGAGUGUUCAUAAAUUAAGUUAUUAUUCUAUUUUCAUGAUACAGAUGUUUUCAAAUCAGCUUCUAUAGAAAUUGCCAUCGCUGGGCUAAAAGCAGCUAACUGUGAGUUCAUUCAUUUCAUGCACAUUUUCACAGGUCACAAACUUGAUCUCAAACGCACCUCACCUCACCUAACCCUUAUCACAAAAAACUUAACCAAUCACCAACUGUGACACUCACUCUAACUUGACCACAAGGUCUGAAUAAUAAUAGAUGAAGUAACCUCAAAAAAUGUAAAAGUAACAUUAGUGAUUUGUUAUUGUCUUGUCAGAUCAAAGACUAUCAUCACUAUCAGGCAUAAAUGAUAAUAAUAUUUUGUUAUUCAUAUUUUUGCAAAAUAGGAUCAGUCUGAAGGGACCUUUAGCAGGGUCCCAAGGAGCUCAGGUGCCCAGCAAAUAUCAAUGUGGCACUGUCUACCCACAGAAAAUGUGUUUCUCACAGUAAAUUAAUGCAAAUUGUGGGUAAAUAACUGCCAUCCUCAAGACUAAACUUCUCUCCUUGAUUACUUUAAGAGAAAUGCCCUUUUCAGAUCCCCCCCUCAAAGAAAAUUGAAAAUAAAGUGAAUAAAUAAAUGAAUAAUAAGAAAAAAAGUAAAAGAAAAUAAUAUUAUAUAGAAAAAAUAUAAUAUGUUUCUGGGAUAGAGCCAGAAUCUUCUAAUGAAAAGAAGAGGCUCCCUCCUGCCAUGCCUACCCCUAAUGCAAGUGCAGUCGUGGAAUUCAAAUGUAUUUCUGCCUACUUGUUUAUUAGACUACAACUGAAACAGGGCCCACACAGGCUUGAAAAGUCCUUGAAUUUUAGGGAAGUCCUUGAAAAGUCAUUUAAUUUUCUUCAACUUUGAAUGCAGUAACCUGGCAAGUGUUUUUUAAUGCCUUAUGGUCGUCUAAGACAGAGUAUAAAUCAUAGCUCAGAGAAGUUAAAGGUGAUUUACACAAAGUGUCUUUUGUUUUAUGCAAUAAUUAACUACAAUUUAAGACAAGUGAACUGAAAAAUGUAAGGAAGUUGGUGGACGAAAUAAUUCAAACCUCAAAGUCAUGUUAGAAUGGACUGGGAAGAUGCAUUUUUGUACAAUCUGUGACAUUACAUUCCCGGUAGGUGGUCCUUGAAAAUUGAAUGUGGUCCUUGAAAAUUCCUUAAAAAAAAAAAUACUACCUGUAUAUUCAUUACUUCCUGGUACAGAACAGAGGCAUCAACAAGCUAGUGUGACUUAUAGCUUUGAGCCCACUUUUACUGGUAUUCACAAAUCUAUUUACUUUGGUGCACAUAUCAUUUUGCUGACAAACUAAAAUUAUUUUCAGUGCAAAUCAGCAAGCUUGAUGCAAGCAAGUUGUCACAGGAGACAAUAAUAAAAGAUUUGAAAGCAAAUAUUAGCAGUCUUCAGAGCAAGCUAAACACACUGGAGAAGGAACAUGAUGAUUUGGAGAAAAUGCAUAGUUCACAUACCAUACAAGCUGAUUCCGAGCUUAAACGACUUCAGCAGGUUAGUGAGGAACUAGUGAAGAGACUCACAGAAGUAGUUGGGAGUAAAGUCAAAAGAUCUAUAAUCUUUUGUAUGUGGAUUGUAAAGGAGGAAUCUCAUUAUUAAAAGAUUAGUAUUGAGAAGGGGAUGGGCAACAUACCUGCUUUUCGAAAAAUUUACACUGUGAGAGGUUGUAGAAGAAUAAGGUAAAUUUUUUUAUUCAGACUAUUUUAUGUUGAAAAUUUUUGGGAGUGAAAGAGUUAAUUUGGCUGUAAGUGUUCUUAAUGCCGUCACCAUAAUCAUCGAUUAAAUAAAUUAAUCUUGCUUGAUCUUGGUUGCAUUCCUUCCAUGCUUCCCUGUUUUCAAAUCACUUAAUGACACUUUUCUUUUCCUGACAGGAAAUUGAGAAACUUUCAAGGGAAAAAGCCGACUUGGCGGCCAAAUAUAACAUGGAGUUAAAAAGGGCGAGUGAACAGUCUACAAGCAAGGAAACUUCACUACGAAAAGAACUGGAAGAAGUUACGGCAAGGUUAAAAAGAGAUCAUGACAAGGAAUUACACAAAUCAACCACAAGACUGGAUCAUGAACACAAUUCUCACAUCAAGACUUUGCAGGAAGAAUUUCAACAGAAACUGGCAGCACAGGAGAGAGACUUGAUAGAAAAGUCUGAACAAGAACUGGAGAGAUUGCGAGGAGAGAAAAAUGAAGUCAUUGCACAGUUUGAGAACCACUGCAAUGAUUUGAAAAAUAAGCUUAACUCUUCUGAAGAAGAAGUAGAGAGAUUAGAAAAACUAGUGCAUGAUAGUGAACAAGGACUUGGUUCUGCAUCAUCACAUAUUGACAGCCUGAAAGAGGCUCUUAGUCAGGCGAAAGAAGAGUUACAAAAAACUAAGAAUGAUCUGAAGGAAGCGGAGAGCAAAUACACAAAUUCAUUGGUAAGGAAACGGAGUUGGUAAAGAUUUCCAUCGCAGCAGGCCUAGUUUUGUGUUUGGAAGUUUUAAUGCAUCUGGUUGUGACAUGCAAGUGUUUUCUUGUGAUUUCUUAGCUGUCUCUUUCUUUUUGAGCUAACAUCUCUGCACUAAGACCAUUCUUUAUGAUGACGCCCAUUUUAUCUUGUGCUUGCAAUUAGUGCCAGUGGACUUGAUCCUGCUUUGAAAUCUGUCAACAUUAGUAACAAAAUAGCUGUAGUAUUUUAAAUUAUUGCAUCUGGUUGUUACACAGCUCUUCACUCCCAAACUCAUCAAUUGCAGUGUUUGCCAGUGAAUACUUGUUUGUUUUAUAUGUCAGGGAGGAGUCUACAUGUGUAAACUGUUGAGUUAAAAAGCUUGUUCCUGAGUGCAGUCACUGCAUCUUAUAUAAAUUAUAUUUAAUGAUAUGGGCUUAAUUCUGUUCAUUGAACUAGGCCUAUAAUUAUGUAAAAGUGACAGAUCCAGGUUUAGAUAAACUUACUCAUACUGUAAUAAUUAUUGUUUGUUGUGUAGGAUGAAAUUUACAAACUUCAGGCAUUGCAUAGCAAAGCAAUGAAGGAUGGGGAAAUAGACUUGAAUGCUCGCCUGGAGACAUUAACAAAUGAGUUGAACACUAAGUGGAGCGAGAGAUUAAGGUGAAGAAACAUCAUUGUUAAUAAAAACAGAGAAAACAAGGUGGUAUUUAUGUUAUAAGUGAAAGCAGUGUUCAACCUACAAUUGGCGACAAAAUCAGUUGAGGCACUUUGCCCUAAAGGGGCUUUCUGACAUUUUACUGACUUCAAAAGGGAAAAAUAUUGCUUUUCCUCCCCCAUCCCCUCCAUUGUGUCGCUGUUUGAGCUACCUAUAGAAAACAACAAACACCCCAACGUUAAAUGGAGGGGAGGGUGGGGGGGAGGUGGAUUUUUUUGUUCUUUUUGAGUGUAGUAUCUUACCAAUUUUUUCGCCAAUUGUUUGAAUGGCAAAAGUGGCCAUACAUUCUAAAGAAAACUAAUUAAACUCAUUUCUUCCCACUGGGAUAUAGGACACCUUGGUAGCUUUUUAUAAUUUUGUUAUGAUUAAUGUCAUCAUGCUUAUUUUAGAACAAUUAGAAUAUGGCAAUUUUGUUAUUUUCAGUGUGUGACGUUUCGUGUCACGCUUCACAUGCCUUGACAUCGUGGGUUGUGGCGUGUCGCACACAAUUUCUUAUUCUUUCCUUAAUUGAAAUAAGGAACAAAGUGAAAAGGACAGAAAAUGAAAUAUGAGUACAAUGUCUCAACAAUUUUGUCGCCGAUUGUAGUUUGAUUCAGAAUUCCCCUUGUUUCCAAGCCUUAUAAGUAUUCACAGGAGACAAGGGGUCUGUGGUCGAAGCUAAGAAAGGAUUUUUGCAACAAAUACAAAUAUAAGAAAGAUCUGAUAAAUGUUUACACAGUUAAGCGUUGUUUUCAUGUAGUUAUAAUUAUACAUCAUACUAUAUAGGCAGGUAAAUCGCUGGUUGAUUGGAUAGUACAUGUAAAUGACUUGUCUGAGGCAUUAUAGUAGUAUAAAUUUACGAUGCUGAACUCUUGUUAUAUGCUUCCACAUAGGUGAAACAGGGUGUUUGAAUCAGUGCAAAAAUUAUUUCUUAGGGAAUCCUCAUGAACUGACAUUAUCAUUUUCAUUAAUGGUUAAAUGUAUUUCAGUGAGGAAUGUGGUAAACUUCGCUCUCAACUGAAUGAGCAACACAGAGAAGAGAAUCGAGUAUCUUUAGAGGAGUUAACAAAAGUGAAAGACAUUCAAAGAGAUGAACUGAGGGCAGAGCUGCAGAGCAAGAUAGAUGCUUUGAGAAAGACAGUAAGUGGAAUUAAAUUUAUUAUCUUAUCCUGUUUAGUUUGUAAAUAAUUAUUUUGAAAAAUUCUAGUCUUAUAUGUUAAGAAAUACAGAGAGUCUCUCCGGAAAGAACUCAGUUCUCUUUGGACCUGAAGAUAGGGCAUUGACUUGGUGACAGAGUAUAAUAAAACUGUUAAUUUUGACACCUCCCUAAACUUAUAAAGCCUAUCAUUGACAACAAAAUUUAUUUAGGGAUUUCCUGAAUGUUGUAUUACAUGCAAUAACAUCUCUUUGCUUUACACAGGGUAAUAAACAUUGUAUUUGGGUGCAACUACACAAAGAGUAAAUUUAAUUUUCAGAAAAUAAGUUAAUUGAUUGAUAGUGGUUCUUUAUUAUUUUAAUAUUCAGGUCAAACAUCUCACACUUGUUAAAAAAGGUGUCCUACAGCUCUCCAAGAAGCUUGUUAGUAAAUUAUAUUUUAGGACACCUACUUAAUAAUUACUAAUAUUUAUUGUUUUGGUUUAGUGACUUUGUUAUGCUUUGCUGUGAAGACUACAGAGAAUGUAGACAUUUAUUCUGGGGGCUGAUACACAUCCUUUUUACAUUUUAUGAGCACGUAGCUUAAAGUAAUCUUAACGUAAACAAAUAAAUUAUUGUUUUAAACAGGUUGCAGGCCCUGGGGCUUGAUGAAAGUUACUGUUGUAUUAUUUUUUAGUGAUGUAGUAGCAAUACUGCAAGAUCAUUGAUAGAUAACUAAACCACACAGAUUCCCCUCGAUCUAAUACAUCAGCAUUUUGUUAAGAGAUUUUUUAUCUGUAUCAUGGUGACCUGUACUCUGACCUGUGAAAAAGUGACUUGUAUUUGUGUGGUUUACUUUAUCUUCGCAAAUUUAAUGUGGUGGUCUUUGUGUAUCAUAAGUUUUAAUAAGUGAAAUACAUUCUGCUCAAAACAGUCCAUUUAUAUUUUACACAUGGGAAGGAAUUUAGCCCUCAGGGGUAAUGAUAGUUGUUACUUACAAUAUUAUUGUUACGAUAGGGUGUCCUAGUAUUUCAAUGUAAUGUCUGAACUGUCAUUGCUGACUUUGCUCACUCUUUGUUGAACACAUACUUCAGUCAAGCUUUCACUGUUUAGGUGGUAAUAAAUUUUAUAUAGAAAGUUUCCCUUGUCUAGAUUAUCUGUCCUUUUGCUAAAUUUGUCAUUGGCACUCUGCAUGGGCAGAUGAAAUAUUUACAAUGUGAUUUUUAAAUCCCUUCUGCCUCCUGUCUUGUAGAUCUCUGAAGCUCGAAGUGAUGUGGAAAAGGCCAAUCGGCAUGCAACAACAACAGAGCUUGAUCUACGCAGAGAACUUGAUUUGCAGCGGCAGUAUAAGGAAGAGGAACUAGCUGCCCUGUCUCUUCAACAUAGCAAGCGUCUUGAAGAACUGAUUGAACAACACAAUGCAGAGUUGAGGAAACUUGAAGCAUUAAAAGAUGAAGAAAUUAAGGUAGUUCUUUAUAAAAAAAAAAUGGCAAAAAAAAGUUGAAAGGAUUUUUCUACCAGACUUUUGUCAGUGGGCCAGCAAGUAACAGCUAGCAUUUGAUUAGGAACUGCUGAAUUUCAAGGAUUUACAAAGAUGCCUCCAAUGUGGUAUUUAAUUAUCGGUAAUUGUUGUAAGUGUAUGUCUUAUAUAUGUUUUAUUACAGGAAUGUGAUGAGAGGCUUCAAAAGAUUCACAGAGAAGAAAUCACCUCACAGCUUCAGGCAAAUAAACUCACAAUAGAGGCAAUUAAGUCUCAAGCUGAACAGAAAAGAUUGAAGGACAUUGAGGAGUUGAAAAUUGAACAUGAAAAUGAUCAAGGUUUGUUGAUAAUAGUCAAAAAUUGGUUUAUGUUUAAUAACAGUUCAGUCAAACCUUGAUGUAACAAUUGAAGCAUGAAGGGUACUUUGUGAUGUAUAAAUACUGCCAGGUUGUUUUCUUAAGUUACAGUAAAUUGUUAUGCUAUACUUAUCUAAUUGUUGAUGAGCUUUUUCAAUGCUAUUUUUUUCUUCAAUUCUUGCUUUUUAUUUCAGAAAAUAUGAGAAGUGAAUUGUUAAGAGUACAACAGGAAGAAAUGCAAAGAUUACACAGAGAUUUUGAGAUUCAGCUGGCAUCUGUGAAACUGCAGCUACAGAGAACCAAUGAACUGCACUCACGAAAUGUAAGCAUUGUGUAUUAAAAUGUACAUGUAGUGUACUAGAAUUCCACUUUUUCAAGCAGUGCCAGGGUUGGUUCAAAACACUGGACUUUUUUGAGGUCUGGUUUUUGCCCAACAAUGUCUUUUUGAGUAUAACAAAUUGCCUCAUUUACUAUUAAUAUAUAAAGUUAAGUACCAUUCCCCCAACCCCCACCCCUGCACCCUGAGCUUACUAUGGACUUUUUUUUCCAAAUUCCACAUUGUAAUAUUAUUCCUUUUGAUCCUGCCUUGUAUCCUGUUUUUGUUAUUGUGUUAACAUGCAUGUAUUGAACACAAGCAGUAAGUGUUUCUAAUAUCCAGACAAUGAAAAGGGGGUUGAAAAAUUAUGUCCAUCUUAGGUUAACUGUUAAUGGCUGAUUUCUCAAAGACUGCUGCCAGUGCUACUAGUUAUUGCUCAAAAGGGCUAGCAGCAGCAAUACACUUGCAGUGGUAUAGAAUUAACCAGCCUUUAAUAAAGAGCUUAAGUCUGUCUCAGAAAUAAUGAUUUUAAUGAUCACUCUGAUUGCCGAUUAAAUGUUGUUUGCAUGAUUGCUGAAUGAUUUUUCAGUGAUAACCAUUGUGUCAGUAAUUACCAGUAGAAAAAGACUUAUUCUAGUGAUUGAUUUUCACUCCUCUCUUCCUUUUUCAGCCCCCAAAGCAAUAACUUAGUCCUUCCAAUCAUUUUAUGUUGACAGGAAUCUAAACAUCAGAACCAAAUAGAGGAAUUAAAACAGGAAAUAGAACAGAGGCAAUAUCAAAUUAAUGAACUUGAUGAGGAGAUUAGUCAUGUAAGAGGAAAUGUGGAGGAGCUACAGCAUGAAUUACAGGCUAAAGGACAAGAGAUUCUCAGUGUCAGACGAGAGGCUAACUCACAAAUCAGGUAAAAAUCAGUUAAUUAAAUAUGCAACCAACCCUCCAAGUUGCAACCAGUUUGGUCACCAUGGCGCCUAACAUUUUGGAGCUGGUGACUUGAUUUGUAAAAAAGUCUCCCUAACCAAAAGAGUUGGUUGCCAAAUGGCGGCUGUGCAAAAAAGGAGAGUUGGCAACUGUUUAAUUGAGGUGUUAGUCCAUCACUGACUUUUGGCAGAUUCCUUCAUUAGAGGGUACAGAGACUCUUAACUGUUUGGCCAUGAUUGUUAAUAAAGUCAGUGUUACUACGGAUCAAAAUAAUUUUGUAUUCAACUAGCUACUAGUAGAUAUCAUUUUCUGCCUACUGUUUGAAAGAUGCCUGAAAAAAGCCUUAAGUUGCUUGUGAUAAACUACAAGAUUCCCUUAAUUUUCCAUAUUGUCUUGUAUCUGCUUGUGAGGCUAAGGAGGAAUUUGACAUAUCACCAAAGGUCAAAGCUUAGGGCUUAAUCCACUUGCCUCUUAAUAAUUAUACCCAUGGUCUGUUUAAACCAUUUUCACUUACUGAACAGGAAGCGGGAAGAAGAUCUGGCCAGAGCACAUCAGAAGGAGGUAGACUCCACGGUUGCAGAUCAUCUACGUGAGACUCAGGCUUUGCUUACAGAGUUUAAUAGGUCUAAAGAACUCCUUAGUGACAAGAUAUCUGCGUUACAGCUAAUGUAAGUGAAUAUAACGGUCUACAAAGAACUUUGUGUCUCUACCAUUUUCAAUUUUGAAUCUAUAAAUAUUAUUAUGAUAAGAUAUGUAAGGUUUAUAUAAAUAACAUAUGCCAAGCAUGGUGUACUUUACACCAAAAUAUGUCGGUUACUCCAGAGAAUUUGUGCAUGGCGGGAACAUUUUCAUCCCAGUGUAGAGCUGAAAAUACUGUUCAUUGGAAUUUGAUUUCUGCUAGCCAAAAAUAAUAAACAUCACUAAAAGACAUUGUUCGGCAGUUUUGCAGCAAAACAUAUUAUUUGCCAAUUGCUGUAGGUUGUUUUCUUUGGUUCAGCAAGGAUCUGUAGUCUAUAUUUUGAGUGUAAACUUCUUUCACUCAGUGGUUCUCCUACGAAUGCUUGUCAGGUACUUCAUUAAGUAAUAAAACAAGGUGACCCCACAUUUUGAAGAAUGACUCUACCAUUUUACGUCAAACUGACUUAAAAGAGGAAGAAAAAUAUGUUAACUCUGGAACAUUGGUGUAGAGGUUUUCAUCGUAAGAUUGUUUUCUAACGUAUGAUCUUGUUUUUUUUUUCAAACAGGCUGGAGGAGGCUGAAGAGAAAUACAGAAGCAGACAGUCACGCCCUGAGGACUUGGAAGUCAUUGAACAGCUAAAGAGAGUGCUGGCAGAAAGGGAACUUGAUAUGAAAAAACUUGUGGUGAGUACUCUCGUAAAAUGAUUUCUCUCAACAGGACUCGGAAAAAAAAAUUGAAUUCCAGCUAAUCCUUUGGGAAAGCAGCUUUCACAUUUUGCUUGCUGCUCGUCUUGUUUAUAGAGGCACUUGCUAUGCCCAUUGGGCCAGUACAAUGCAAGCUUUAAAAGUUACUUGCCCACUCAAGAAAAUCUAUUUAUCCUGCGGAUGGGACUCUUUUCGAGCCCUUCUCAAACAAAAUAAAUAAUAGGGAAGUUUCUGUGGUCUUGUUACGUAGGACAGGAGGGUGUGUGCUCUAUGUCACAGUUUUUGGUACAUCCUUUGUCCAUGUUGAAGUGGUGUCAAAUGGCCUAAAAUUCGGGUGCAAGCUGUAAUGUAGAUGUCCCCACCAUAAGGCUGCAACAGUUCCUAGGAGUACUCUUUGAAAUUUUGGUUGGCCGGGGCACAGUGUCUGUUGCUUGAACCCUGGAACCUUAGCCUUUAGCAGGCCAAUUGACCAUCUUUAAUGUCAUUCUAGCCCAUCCUCAACCAACUAGAUACCAGAAACUCUACUUUUUCACACCACUGAUAAAUUUUCCAUAACAGUAUUCUGUUUCAGACUAAGACCUGCCUAAUUCUGUAUGUUAUCCCAGACUGAACUUCUUGAAAGUCCAUUCUGUAUCCACCUACCCGUUACCUGUAUAGCUGAUGUUUGCCAGUUGGUGGUAACCUCCCCCCCCCACCUCUCUCAUGUGCUUCAGCCCCUCCCUGAUCGUCUUUUCUUAUGGCUGCAUUCAACAACUUCUAUAACUUCCAUCAUUUCUUUGAUUUAUGGAGCUGAGGUUCUGGUUGCUAAGUGUCUAUGUACUUGCAAACAAAUAAAUAAAUAAUAAGUUGUUAUGGUAAUUACCCCUGUAUUUGUUCUUACUGUCAGACUGGAGGUUAUAUUUUACAACCAAACUUUGGAUGUUGUUUUAGACAGCACUUUGUUAUUUAAAAAUAUUCAGCUCUUUCAUCAUUUUCUUCCAGGAUGAAAAGAGGUAUUUUCAAAUGGAGCUACUCAACAGAGAAACAAAUUUCAACAAGGUGUUCAAAGCAGCUCCAAAUAUUGGAGUCAUAAACCCUCUUCAAGCAAAGACUAAACCUGGAAAAGAUGGAAUUCGACAUGCCACCUCACUUGUUAUGAGUUCCUCCAAACUGGAUCCAAUACCCAAUAUGCCAGUACACGAGAAAAGACUCAACAACAGUCGACCACUUCCGCCCACCCCACCUAAAGACCCCCCACCCAUAGAAAAACUACUGCUAUACACUAAAUAA